UCUACAACACUACGAAAAGAUCCUUAUUUAAAGUUUGUGUGUGCGUCACCGUAUGAGUGUGCGCGGCGGAGCGACGACUUUGGCUUCAUUUCAUCAGCGGACACAAAUGGAAUACGAUGGAGUACUUCGACAGGAAUAUCUUCUUUACUUUAAUCGUCAUUGCUGACACAAUCUGGCACUCGCAGUCAUUCAAUGUCGGCACUGCAGGUGCCAAGAUCUUCAGCGGACCAGCAUCGGAAGAGUUUGGCUACACAAUCCAGCAAGCAGCAAACCACAAAGACAAAUGGCUCUUGGUUGGUGCUCCAUGGAGUGGUUUCAGUCAGGACAGGAAGGGAGAUGUUUAUAAGUGUCCCAUCUCAGGAUCCAAAAAUACCUGUGACAAGCUUAAUCUUCAGGAUUCUGUGAGCAUUCCAGAUGUCAAAAACAUCAAUCACAACAUGUCCCUCGGUUUGACUCUCACCCAGAUGCCCACAAUCGAUGGCGUGAUGGUGUGCGGUCCUCUCUGGGCCCAGCAGUGUGGCAGUGAGAACUUCUACCCAGGAAUUUGUUCAGAAAUCAACCCGCUUUUCCAACCUCAACCAGCCUUUUCUCCGGCCCUCCAGACAUGUGGAGGGCCUACGGAUAUUGUGAUUGUUUUGGACGGCUCCAACAGCAUCUACCCUUGGCCUCCAAUAACAGAAUUCCUCAAGAAACUAAUACCUGCACUUGAAAUUGGGCCAAAGAGCACUCAGCUCAGUAUCAUUCAGUAUGCAGUUACCCCGAGAGUUGAAUUCAGACUGAAUGAAUAUAAAAACAAAGAUGAGAUGAUCAGUGCAGCGUCUGAUAUCACACAAAUGUAUGGUAUAAAUACCAACACCUUUACUGCCAUUCAUCAUGCCAGUCAGUGGGCAUUCAGCCAAAGUAACGGUGGCCGACCAGGCGCUGCUAAGGUGAUGGUGGUGGUCACAGAUGGCGAGUCUUCUGACGCACACUUGGGCGAAAAUGUCAUUGAGGAAUGUGAGAAACAAGGCAUCACCCGCUUUGGUAUCGCUAUCCUGGGUUAUUACAUCAGAAACAACGUAGACACAGAAAAGCUAAUUAAAGAAAUCAAAUCCAUUGCUAGUUUGCCCACAGAAAAGUAUUUCUUCAAUGUAUCUGAAGAGGCAGCACUGUCCAAAAUUGCUGGAACUCUCGGGAACCGCAUUUUCAACAUAGAAGGCACUGGAAAAGGAGGUGAGAACUUCAAGAUGGAGAUGUCCCAGGUGGGAUUCAGCGCCCACUACUCCACAAGACAGAACGUGAUGAUGUUGGGAGCAGUGGGAGCAUAUGCCUGGAGUGGGACCGUUGUUCAUAAAACAGGUUCACAUGUGGAUAUUUUCCCCAUCUCCACCUUUGAAGAAACCCUUCAGGAUCUCAACCACAGCUCAUUACUGGGUUAUUCAGUGAGCACACUGAGCGAUACGUCAGUGGAAUACUUUGUAGCUGGUGCACCUCGCUCCAACCACUCUGGACAAGUUAUCGUCUACACAGUUAAUGCUCAGAAACAAUCCAGAAUCAUUGAUUCUCAAAGAGGAAAACAGAUUGGGUCCUACUUUGGCAGUGUCCUGUGCUCUGUGGACGUGGACAAAGAUGGGGUGUCAGACCUCCUGCUUGUUGGUGCACCGAUGUUCAUGAGUGCAUUGAAGAGAGAGCAAGGCAGGGUCUAUCUUUUCUCCCAUACUAAGGGUAUCCUGAAUGAACAAGGAUUUCUCAAUGGGCCACCUUCAACUGUGAAUGCACGUUUUGGAAUGGCCAUCGCUGAAAUCCCUGAUCUGGAUCGUGACUCUUAUAAUGAUGUUGUGGUUGGAGCACCGCUUGAAGAUGAAAAACGAGGCGCCAUUUACAUUUACAAUGGGAAACAGAAGACAUUAAACAAAGAGUUCUCACAGAAAAUUCUUGGCUCCAAACUGGAUCCUAAAGUUCAGUACUUUGGAAGAUCUCUGGAUGGUUUGAAAGAUCUAAAUGAUGAUUCAAUCCCUGACAUCUCAGUUGGUGCCCAGGGUAAAGUAGUGCAGCUCUGGUCCCGCGGUGUGGCGUCUGUCAGAGCUACAGCUUCUUUUGACCCUGAUAAAAUCAACAUUUUGAACAAACCAUGUAACAUCAAUGGCCGCAAGCAUUCAUGUUUCAAAACUAGCCUGUGUUUCAGCGCUACUUUCAGACCCAAUAACCCAGUUGGACCCGUUGCCAUAUCCUACACACUGAUUCUGGACGCUGACUUGGAGGCUUCACGAGUGACUUCAAGAGGAUUUUUCACUAAUAACAAUGAUCGUUUAUUUUCAGACAGAGCAAAAAUAACUUCUAAUAGCUUAUGUCAAGACUACCAAGUAUAUGUUCAGGAAACACCGGACUUUGUCAACUCUCUGAAUUUAAAGGUGGAAAUUGAGCAGCAGAAUGCAGAUGUAAACCCUGUCCUCGAUCCUUCUUCUCCAAGUGCAUGGGAGUUUUUUAUCCCCUUCUCGAAAGAAUGCGGCUCUGAUGAUGAAUGUGCUAAUGAUCUGGUGCUGCAAGUAAACACAAAGGAGUCUGGUUCGUCUCCUGUUCUGGUCAGUUACAAUAAUCGAGAGCUGCCAUUUGAAAUUGUUGUAAGAAACAACCUGGAGAACGCCUACAAUACUAAAGUCAUUGCCACAUACUCCAGCAAUCUCUACUACUCUUCCAUCACUGCUCCGACUGAUGGAACAGAAGUCAAAUGCACGUCUGCAACACAAGCACACAUUGUCACUUGCCAGGUGGGAUACCCGGCAUUAAGAAAAGACCAGGAGGUAAAAUUUUGGAUCAAUUUUGAAUAUAACCUGAAUCACCUGCAAGACAGAGCAGAGGUGAAAUUUGAGGCUCAGAGUGAUGGUAAAGAGGAAAAGCCGGCAGAUAACAGCGUGGACAAAUCAAUUCCUCUUCAGUACGAUGCAGGAGUUAUUUUAUCAAGGGAGUCAAAUAUUAACUUCUUCGUGGCAGACACAGCUGUUCCCGUGGUGACGGAGGUGGAAACACUAGACGACAUCGGGCCAGAGUUCAACUUUACAGUCAAGGUUUCAACGAGCAACUUCGCUGUCGGACUGCUGUACCUGACCAUCGCCCUGCCAAUGACCACCAAAGGAGGGAACCCGCUCCUCUAUGUCAUCGAUGUGGACACGCAGGCAGGAGGUUCUGUGAGCUGUGAUUCCAGCGAUCUGAUUAAUCCGCUGAAAAUCGGUGUGAAGACCCACAAAGCGUCCUUUUCUAAGGAGAGCCUGAGAGGCAUCACUCGUCUGGACUGUGACCAUGCAAAUUGCAAGAACAUAGAAUGCAGACUCAAGCACACACAGCCGAAGAGCGACUACUUUGUGAAGGUUAAAACGAGAAUAUGGAGCGGCACAUUUAUGAUGGCUACAUAUCAGACCAUCGAGCUGACCUCUAGCAUUGAUAUUGAGACAUCCAACCCCAGUCUGCUUGUUAUUGGCUUCAAGCAUCUCCCAGUGGUGCUAUCGGUCAGUAAGCCUGGAGAGACAGCCGACGUCCCAGUGGGAGUGAUCGUUGGCAGUGCAAUCGGAGGUCUUCUGCUUCUGGCUGUGGUUGUUGGGCUGCUCUGGAAGUUUGGGUUUUUCAAAAGAAAGUACAAGCAGCUGCAGAUGGAAGGUGAUGAUGAUGCAGCACGCAAAGCAAACGCAGAUGGAGUGCUGUGAGUGGAGGAGAAAACCUGCAUAUCUCUCUCUUUUUGCUGGAUGUUUUCGGUGGGUGCUGGUAACUUCUUUCAUGUUUUUGUAAAUUUCAGAUGGUCUAUAGCUCAGUCACUGGAAAUUGGACAAGUUUAACCCCUUAACGCCUGAAUUUAUAUAGCUGUAUAUAAAAAAAUGUUUUGUGUGUGUUUUUGCCUUCAAGUAGAUGGUAAAUAAUGUUGAGAUUAUUAAUUUCACUUUUGCACAAAA